GCGGAAGCACCUCAUGGACUCCGCCAUAUUGGCUAACGGCUUCGAGGCAAUGAGCAAUAGCAGGGACCCCUCUAGUGAACAAUCGCAUUUCGGCAUGUUCAUUAUGUUUUUUGUUAGGAUUUUUGUUGAAUUUAGACGCGUAUGGACAACGAUGAUGGCUCAAGGUUAAACCAAUUAACUAAUAUCCAGGUAUAUUAGGAUCUGGAUAACCUUCUAGGUCUGAAAUUAGGCCUAGAUCGCCCGGAUUUGUGCUCAUUUUGGACUGAGUUUGUGCACAGGGACUGGUCAGCGUAGUCGCGAGUUCAGCCUCAGCCAGCAAGGAUAUGUGGAAUCCCCAAAAUAUUGAGGAUUUACCCCGCAGUUCGGUGUAAUAUUAUCGAUGUCGCCCACGUUGCAGGCUGAUCGUACUCUUUGAGGUGCUUGGGGAAACAAUAAGUGUAUAUUAUUGUGGAUUAUUCAGUUUCAAAAUGGCUAACCUUUUGAACAAAGACCCUUUCACGUAUGAAGAGGAACGCCGCAGCUUUUUGCAAGAUUUGCAAGGUUUUCACCAAAACAGAGGAACACCGUAUGAUCGCAUUCCCCAAAUAGGAGGAAGAGAGGUUGAUCUGUAUCGCUUGUACCGACGUGUGAUAGAACUUGGGGGAUUCCAGAAGGUGAACAAUGAAGAGAAGUGGGAGGACAUCCAGGGAGAGUUCAGGGUGCCCAGGAGCUGCACAAAUGGAGCCCAGGCACUCAAGUUUGUCUAUGUCAGGUACCUACACAUUUACGAGAAAAUCCACUUCCUUGGCCAAGAUCCCGACCGGAAUGAUGAAGACGAUGGUCACCCAGCACGGAAAAAGCUGUGUACACCAACAUUUGGGGUUCCCCUCACCUACAACUAUCAUCAUCAUCAGCUUACAGAUGCGGUGCGGCAAACAUAUAGCCUGUCUCAAGAUCUCUUGAAACCAAGUGAAUAUGAUAAACUGGAAAAAUCAUUAUUAUCGGGAUUACCAAAUGAAGUUGACUUUGUUGUGAAUGUGUGUACAUUAUUAUCCAAUGAAAGCAGACAUGUGUUAACGCUCAAGAAAUCUCACCAACUUGUCGAUUUACUCUUGGCGCAUAUAGGAAUAUUUUCAGAGGAUACCUGUUGUUUAGAAGACCUUUAUAAGUAUGGAUGGACAAAACAUUGUAAAAGAGAUUACCUUAGGUUUUGGUAUGAAUCUGUGCAUGAAGAAACUGUGAGAGAACUUCUAUUAUCAAAUGGUGCAGUAUAUGAUAGAGACAAACUAUGUGGGUCUGAGAUAUUAAACAUAGGUCGAGAUCUGGGCAUUUAUGACAAGGAAGGUCAGCGAAUCACACAGCUGGCAGUGCUGUUCAGGAACCUCUCCUUUGAACAGGCAAAUCAGGAGUACCUGGCUGGACAUACGGUAAUCUUCAGAUUUCUGAUGCUGUGUAUCCAUAGUUCAUAUGGAAGUUUGGCACAGCUGGCUCUGGACACACUCGGCAAUGUAGCAGGAAAGAUGAAGCUAAAGGCAAUGGCUGAGAUAAAUUCCAAGGCACUUUUGGAUCUGAUAACGAAAGGCUUACAUUCAGAGGACAAAUUCUUUGUUGUGAGAGCUCUGGAGAUCCUUGGCAAACUGUGUCAGCUGGAGGAGAACGAAGUGAUAGUGUCCGAUCGUCUACAGAGCAGCACAUACGAGGAUGUUUGUCGCCUCCUUACAAUCCACGACAUCCAGUUAAUUGUACACACUCUGGAGACUCUGUACCAGCUGUCUGAACUGGGGGAACAGACCACAACUCGUAUUGCUGCAGUCAAGAGUGCUGUCGAUUUGCUGAUAGGUUUGAUUACUGUGGAAGCUCAGUCAUACGGACCUAAUUCACUGAUCGGCAUCAAGGUGGUAGAAUAUGUCCCUCCACCUGACACCUCAAACAAAGUGCCGUCCGGAGAGUGCUCAUCUGUUUCCAUUGUUAUGCAGCCUCCAGGGACACCUGUGUCAAAAUCAACGGCAGUAGCUCACAGUACACCUCCCCGACCUCCACCACCACCUGCAGAGUCUAAACAAAUCAACCCCUGCUCAGACAAUGAGUCCACCACUUGCAACUGGUUACAAGCCACUUACGAGACCGUCGAUGGGAAAGUGAUUCAAAUGGAUCUGUUGGCAGAGUACCUUCAAUUCUGUCGCAAGUACUCAGUACCUGAAGUUCUCACCUCAACAGACUUCAUGCAUCUUGUCAAGGUUGUGUUUCCCCAGGCUGAGCUCACCAGUAAAGAUAAACCAAAUGGAGAGAAAGAAAUCUGUUUUAUUGGUUUGGCUAAGAGGACCAACCAAAAACCAUUUGCCAUUACUCAUUCAGUUCCUAAAUCCCGUAGUGUGACUGUCAACUCACUUCAUGGCUCGCCAACAAGUGCUAACACAUCUCAGGUAGACUUAACUCAAACUCCCACGCUCCGACAGCGUCUGAUGGAGCCCCCUCGGAUAGCUUUACAUCAGCAACUUGUUAAUGCAGGUACUCGCACACCAGGACAGAAGGAUGCAGGCAAGGCUCAGACACCUACAGCAAAGAGUAAAAGCAAAGCCGCCAUGAAGACAUUAACAGCUGCAGCUGGUGCUCAGACACUUGAAGCUCCACUUCCAGUGGGGGCCCUACCCCAACCCAACUUGCCAACACUCAAGCCCAAAUCAGUCCUUCAACAACAGCUGCAGUCACCUCUUUCUGGUAAAGGCAUAGCACCCAAGCCUGGAGAUCAGGUUGUUCUAGUUUCAGGAGUGGUUCCCGGGGUGCCACAAGCUCCUCAGAACUUCCCCACUAUUCACAAUGCCUUGCAGGCUGAUGGAAAGUCUUUGUCAAAUCUGAGUGAUUUGCCAUUAGAGGUCUUACAAAAAUCAUCAGAUACUAAUCUAAUCAAAAGUUUGCUGGCAAGAAAGCUUAGUCAGAAUAUGGUCGGCCGUAACCCUCAGCCAGUACCUAGUCAAGAUCCUUCAUCUGGCAGUGCCAAUCCCUGUGUUGAUCUGCAGGGGCCCAGCCCUCUACCUACCACUGACAUUUGUGUCGGGCAGCAACAACAGUUUGACACUCCUCAGACUGCACCAGAAGUGGUCACACAUCAUGAGUUUGUACAGCAUAAUAAUCAUAAUCCAAUUUCACCACAGCCACAACCACAACCACAACCAGAAUCUCCCCAGCCUACAUCAAUUCACCAAGUGCCACUCGCCCCAGCAUCCCCAGCCGCACAACAACCUAGUCAGUCACAAAAGACUCCUACAACAAAUUCAAAAACAGCCAAGAGCAAAAAAGGUCCUGGUAGUCCUCACCCAUCUUCCCCAAAAGCCAAAUCCCAGACCUCCUCCUCUGGUUCCCGCCCCUGCUCACCACGUGCUGCCUCCCCACGGUCGCAGCAGGCUUACGAGCUGGAGGUGUGUGGUGAAGUGGAGAGAGCCAAGGAUAUUGUAAAGUCAGGUGCUGAAGCUUUCAUAGAACGUGUUGAGAACCGAAACCUGCAGCAGUGGCAGAAAGUUCAGAAGUCUUUGCCUAAACCGUCCGCAAUCUUGAUGCCUCCCGAAAACACGGACUCUCAAUCUGCUGAAUUAAAUUCUGUUGCAGUUGAUCAGACUGAAGUGAAUUCCAAUAGGGCAGUAGCCAAUGAUAUUGUCAGUACUUCUUCCAAUGUUGUGGCCCCGAAAGAUGUGUCAGAUUCCAUACCCUCCCAAGAAGACAUUCACAGUAAAGCUGAAUAUGUUUCAAAUAACCAGAACAUACCAAGUGAUAAUAUUAACAGUGAUACUACAGCAAACUCUUACACAUUAGAAACAGUGGGGAAUCAUUGUUCAAAGGAAGAUAUGCUGAAAACAAUCUCUGACAGUAAAACUGUGUGUGGUGUGGUGAAGCAGACUACUGCUCCACAACCAGUGAUGAAUGGCGAUCUGAGCUCCCCCUUCAACCGGGACUCGGACUUGCCGCCAUCUCCAGUUGACACACACAAGGAGGCAGUAGAUCAAGACAAGGUUUUUCUAAAUGGUGUGAAUGAUGUAAAGGAUGAAAUCAUUGAUGAUUCCAUACAAAAGACCUUAACAAAGGAUCAGUUGUUAAAAAUUGUGGAAAAAACUGGAAAGUUGAAUGGAAUUGUCCAUCAUGUUGGGAAUGGAGACCAUAUCCGUGAGGAAGAAGAUAUGGAGGUGGGGGGUAAUGUGGGUGUGCAAUCCAAGACUGGGGGUGGGGAUGAACAGAGGGUACCGCUCCCUGGGGAGCAGGUUAGGUUACAAGCCCCUGGGGUUCAAGGGGAUUCCAUCUCUCAGGGCAUGAACGGCAACAGUGCAUAUAUACCUGUGACAGGUGAUGCAACACACAUUCAGACUACUGUGAAUGAAAACAAUGUUUGUGUUUCUGUGACUGUCACAAAGACUGAACUUGAUAGCUCUUCACAAACACGUUCAGAUCAAAACUCAGACGUUAAGUUGUGUAAACAAAACCAUGAGAAAGUUGAAAUUCCCAUGGAAAAACUGGAACAAAAAAUUUGUGAUACUCGUCAUGUCCCGACUCCGGAAACUUCUCGGGAUAGUGAACUGAGCUCUGAUAGCUUUGCUUCCUCCACAGCAGAGUCUGUGGGUGACAAACAUUCCACUAUAAACAUGACAAGCGGUGUCAUCAUCACCACCACGAAAGACACUGCACUUAAGGCAGCAGCUGUACCAUUUACAGCAACAUCUACCACUGCCUCCAUCAAUACCAAGGCUACAGGGAAGCCCAAGCCACGCAAGCGCAGUCGCAGCAAUGCUAGCAACACCAGCACCAGCAGCCAGGAAUCUCGAACCUCCGUUGUCAUGGUCCCUCUCACUCCAGAGUAUAUGUGCGAAUGGAAUAGCUGUAAAAAGUGCUUUGAUAGUGCUCGAAGUGUGUUUAUUCAUGUGAGUCGCACACACAUUGAUUCUGACACUGAUGGCAUCUGUCGCUGGCUUGGCUGUGAAAAAUUAAAGAGGAAAAGAUGGUCGCUUGUCACACACUGUCAGGACCACCACUGUUCUGAGCAUGCUUUGCGAGCAGCGCAUCAACGUCGCAUCACUGCAGCACAGACCGGUCAGCCCUCCCCAGCCAUUACAACACCCACAACCAUGGUCUACCCCAAUGAUGCAGCCAUGCAAGCAAUCAAACGAUUCACUCCAAAACCACCCUUCCCAGAGUUCAGUGAACCCCGAGAAGGCCCAGUGACAAAACACAUCCGCCUGACUGCAGCUCUCAUUUUGAGGAACCUGGCCAGAUACUCAGCCCUUGGACGAAGCCUAAUCAAAAGGCGAGAACGUCACUUGAGCUACCAAACAAUGAGUGCUGUUGAGGCAUCUAAUGCUCUGGCCAACUGCCUGUGGGAGAUCCUCCAUGACACCUAGGGGGGCGCUGUUAGCCUGCCUGCUUGCCUGCAACCAGUCCGCAGCCUGCAGCUGUAGAGCUGUACAUGUCUCAAUCAACUGCCAUGGCUGUUAGCCACCCACACGUGGCUGCCGCAAAUCCAUCUUUCCACCCUGCGACCUCCUCAUCCCUCAACAUCAUCAACCACGCUGAUUCAUCAUCAUCUUACAAUGAAAUUAAUGUUUGGUGCAGAAUCAACCCUUGUUGCAUAUUAUACAUUAAUUUAAUUCUAUAAUACUACUUGCUACAUAUAGACUGCUGCUAUGGCUGCUGCAGCUAUCAUUUGUUAUUAUUCAUUGACCAUCGUCAUGUCAUUCUCAGGUCAUGUGAUAGGCAUCAGAUCCUAUGGUUUCUACAUAAUCAUUUUUCAUUGGUCACUUUACAAUUCAUUAUUUUCAUGUUUGACAGUAUUUGUAAUUUAUGUUUAGAAGCUAGCUGCUGGCGACUGGAAAAGUCUAGGUACUGUUAAUAUCUCCCUGUUAUUCCUUGUCUUUGUAUUUAUCUCAGAGCAAAAAAUCUCCAUUUUUUUCACAUGUCAAUUGUUGUAGUAAAAUUUGCACAAUGGGAUCUUUCAAGUUGUGUCAUUGUUCAUCAACAUUAAUUUUAAUAAAUACUUUUUGUGAA